UUCAUCCCCAUUGGUUGGUUAUAUAUACAUAUAUACAUAUAUAUAUAUAUAUAUAUGUGUGUGUGUGUGUGUGUGUGUGUGUGUGCAUCUACAAGGAAAAAGAGUCGGGCCACUGCUAGCACAUUCACAGUUUCACGCACAUACACACAGAGAAUAAAAAUUGGAAGAAGAAGAAGUGGUGUUAGCUAGAGAUCGAUAUUCAGAUUGGUCUUUAUGCCACGGCUAUCUCAAAUCACCACCAACAGCAUGGCUUUCAGCGAUACCGAACUCACUUUGGGACUACCAGGUUGUGAUAAUAACGGCUGCUUCAGGAGCAACAACCCUGGAAGUGGCUCUAGAAGCUCCACUAAGCGAGCUUUCCUUGAGACCGUUGACCAUCAUCAUCACCAUCUUGAUCAUGACCAUUAUGAUCUUGACAAUAGAAGCUCUACCACUGCCUGCAGUAAAUCUAGUAGCAAAGUUGAUGAUAAUAAUGACUAUGAGUUGCAAGACCAAGUCUCCCCUGCAAGGAAAGCCACACCUUCAAAGGCUCAGGUGAUUGGGUGGCCACCGGUGAGGUCGUCAAGGAAGAAGGUAAUGGAGAAUGGCAAGUACGUGAAGGUGGCGGCGGAUGGAGCAGCCUAUCUACGAAAAGUAGACUUGGAGAUGUACGAUUCUUAUGAGCAGCUACUCAAAGCCUUGGACAAAAUGCUUGCCUGCUUCACGAACCAAGGAAACUAUAUGGAGCAAAGCAAAGCAGUGAAAGGAAUGGAAUAUGUGCCAACUUAUGAGGACAGGGAUGGCGACUUGAUGUUAGUUGGAGACGUUCCUUGGAAAAUGUUCAUAGAAUCAUGCAAGCGUAUCAGAUUGAUGAAAAGUUCAGAGGUUGUUGGCUUAGCUCCUGUGACUUCUCCAGAAUGCACAAGUACUAGGAAUUGAAGACGACCCAAAAAAGUUUUGUUAGCGUGUGUACAUAUAAAUGAAGCCUGCAAUGAAGCUUUUCUUUGUUUGGAAGAUGCAUGUAGUAAAUUAAUGAGAGAAUAAGUAAUAGAUUGAAAAUAAUAAUAAUUGAGAGAGGAACAUAUGUAUCCUGCUGAUUCUACUUUUUGUCCUUUCUAUUUUCAUUCGUUGUCUUAAUAAUUUGUUAGUUUACUGAAAUCAAUUAACUUUGCUUGUGCGGUUGAUUAAUAUAUAUAUUUAUUUUACAUUUGGUUUUGUAAAUUAUA